AUGGCCCGUCGUCCCGCGAGAUGUUACCGCUACUGCAAGAACAAGCCUUACCCUAAGUCCCGGUUCAACCGUGGUGUUCCCGACCCCAAGAUCCGUAUCUUCGACUUGGGUCGUAAGAAGGCUUCCGUGGACGACUUCCCCCUGUGCGUUCACAUGGUCUCCAACGAAUACGAACAGCUUUCCUCUGAAGCCCUCGAAGCUGCCCGUAUCUGUGCCAACAAGUACCUGGUCAAGAUCGCCGGUAAGGAAGGUUUCCACCUCCGUGUCCGGGCCCACCCCUUCCACGUCGUCCGUAUCAACAAGAUGUUGUCGUGCGCUGGUGCCGAUCGUCUCCAGACCGGUAUGCGUGGUGCCUUCGGUAAGCCCAACGGUGUUGUCGCCCGUGUGAACAUCGGCCAGAUCCUCCUGUCCAUCCGCACCCGUGACUCCAACCGCGCCGCCGCCGUCGAGGCCAUGCGCCGCUCCACCUACAAGUUCCCUGGUCGCCAAAAGAUCAUUAUCUCCAAGAACUGGGGCUUCACCCCUGUCCGCCGUGAGGAGUACGUCAAGCUCCGCCAGGAGGGCAAGCUCAAGCAGGACGGGGCCUACGUCCAGUUCCUGCGUGGUCACGGUUUGGUCGAGGAGAACAUGAAGCGCUUCCCCCAGGCCUACGAGGGCGUUGCUCAGUAG